GCGAGCGUCUGUCCCCCCGUCCGUCCUGGCUCUUUUUUCUCUUUUCCUUGGCCUCCUUUGCUUUGGGGAAGCUAUUGACCCGGUCCAAGGGGGAGCGGGAGGCUGCGAGUGCGCAUGGGCAGGGCCAGACAGGUGUGUUGUGUCAAGAAAGGCAGGUGCAAGUUUCUCUCCCUCGCCUCGCUCUUGAGCCUCCGCGAGCAAGGGGCUGUUUAUGCAUUUAUGGCGCUUUGUUAGCAGACGGUCGGGCGAAAAAAGCUGGAGACUGGAAGGAGAGGGAGCCGGGCCGAUUCUGGAGUGUUUUCUGGAGGCGAUGGAGCAAGAUCAAGAAGGCUCCUUGAGACGUCGCUUUUCAGAGCCAGUUUAGGAGGAAAAGAAAGUUUAGACUAGGCAUUUGUCUUUAUCUGUGCGUGUAUUUAAUAAACGGGCAGGCCUUUUCUGUUGUGGUUUCGUGGCUUUUUUAAAAGUCCGCUGAUAGCAUUCAUUCAUAAGUCACUCUCUAUAUGUGUGUAUAUGGAAGUAAGUCCCAUUGAUUUCAAGGGGACCUGCUCCUUAUAUGAUCUGUACAGCGUAGUCUUCAUUAUGUCUUGUUGUUUUGCAUGGGGCUUACUCUAAAGAAAGCUUCAAAGGCAACAUAUCUUUUCAAAUGUUUUUGUGUAAGCAACUCCAUUCAGUUCUGUGGUAUAGCAGCUUUCUGAGUGCACAUUUAGAUGGGUUCUACAUUGAGGUAUGUAGAAUUCUUCUAAAUGCACACUCAGAAAUCAGCACUACAUAACUGAAUGGUGUUUAUGGGAGGAAAACAUUUGCGCAUGCAACUGCCACCCAAAGAUAUAAACUGAUGCGUGAAUAUUUUAGAAGAAUUGUCACAAAGUUUUGCGGUGGUGGCUUUUGGUAAAUGUUGGUUGAUCUGGGCCUCCUGUCUUGAAGUCCUGUUUCUAUCCGCUUUGAUCAUCAAAAGUAGAUUUAGGCAUAGUCUGAUGUGAGAACAUGGGUAGUGAAGGUUUAAGUCACAGCAUACUCAAGCAUAGAAAGAAAAAUUGAGAACAAGGUAGGACGAAAUCCUCAUAUUUGUCUUCCGUCAUUUCCUCCCCCUCCACUUUUUCAUCAGUUUCUGUCUUCCAGAGUAGUAGGUUUGUAGCCUGCAUUUGAAUAUGCAUGUGUGAGGGAUGGAGGUCUGUGUGCAUACAUAUGAAAAUCUGUCAUUUGUGAAGUUAAUGUCAUCUGGUAGGUUAAUGGAGGGUAUGUGAAACACAGCGGUUGAACUAUCAGAUUAAAAAUGGAGAACAUUGUUUAGUGCUUGCUUCCUUUGCUUUGACAGGUCUAACAAGUUUUAAAAUACAUCUUGUUUCAUUUAAAUGGAUUUGCAUGUGGCCACAUGCUUUUUUUUAUCUUUCCAUUGUAUUUAUCUUGCAAAAUCUACCACCAAGUUCUUUUAUGUGUUACAUCCUGCAAGGCCUCCUCCAUCAUGUAUUUCGCUUGCUUCUUCCAGACGCUCAUUUUUAAUAGAUUAAAAGCCCUUAGUUAGAACUCCAAAGCAGACAUUUGAGAUCCAAUAUAUGAAGGAGAUGAACAUUAAUUUAAUCAAACAUGAAAUUUAUAUUUUGCUGCUGAAUCGCAUUAUAUUAUAUACAAAAUACUUGAAUCAUUUUUAAACAAGUGAUUUCUUCAUUUAAAUUGGAAGGAGGCCUCUCUCUUCCUGCUAGGAUUUGAUCUGAUCAGCUCAAAAUUAAAUUGGUAUAUUUCAUAUUGCCAAUCAUUGAUAUUGAUGAUUAUUCCUGUAGUAUUUCUUAAAUUUUUGAUACUGGAUAGCUUAAUUGUGCUCCACUGCAAAUUACUAGGGUGAUUUCUCAAAGUAUCAGCUUAUGGGUCAUUUGAUUCCGUAUUCUGAUUGGAAAUGCUGUGCCUGUUGUGACAGUGGUGGGGAGAAAGGACCAGGAAAGUCCAGGGAGAAUCUCUUUGAAAUUAUAUGAUGGUGCAAGUAUUGAAUUUUCCUAGUGGGCCACUGUCCAGCAUGGUGUAAUGGUUUCAAUGUUGGACUGGGAGCCCAGGGUUUGAGUCCCCACUCAACCGCGGAGUGACCUUGGGCAAGUCAUACUCUCUCAGCCUCAGAGGGAGGCAAGGAUAAACUUGCUUAUCCUACCAAAUCCUACCAAGACAAACCUGUAGCCUUGGGGUUGCCUGUGUAUAUAUUUAUGUAGAAGAGUCAUUUUUCUCCAAAAGCCAGCAAAUGUUAUGCUAACCUCCUUUAGUGAAGUCACUUUGUAUUUCGUAGAAAUAAGAAUUCAAAGUACCUCACAACAGCUUUUUAGUACCUUGCCAGAUUGGUCCCCAUGUGCUCAUGAUGCUAAACAGCGGUUUUAAUUUCCUUCUUUAACUACAGACUGGCAUAUACAUUGUCUUUUGUAUUUUUAACAUAAUGCCUUAGUUUGAAUGAAGUUCUUAAAAUUAUUUAGUUCUAGAACUAUCUAUUAAUCACAUAUGUUUUUAAAUGCCCUCACAUUUAACUUCACAGGAGGGUAGCAUCAUUCUGCUAUUGAAACCUGGGGGAAAUAUUAAUUUGACAAAUACUCAUUAGUACUUCUAGGAAGUACAGUAAAGUGAUGUUAACUUCCAUGUAGAUACAUUCAGUGUGUUGCUUCAAAUUUCAUGAUGUGUGUGCCACUGUCAUUGUGUCAUGUUCUUUAAUCCAUUCUGCCAAAGCUCUCUCCUAUUAGAACAUUUUCAUCUCACAUACAUUUCCUCAAUUAGACAGCUUAAUUAUAUUACUUUACUUGCUUAUAGAAUGCCAGCUUGAGAACAGUGGAGGAGGCAAAUAGUUGGAUUCUCUAAAGGGGGGAAAUAAAAUUUUAAACUUUAUAGGCUGAUUUUUUUUUCUCUCUCUAAGUAAAACCCUGGCUAUUUUUAUUUUUUUUUUGUAAUUGGCACCUUAGAUUUAGUAAUUGGACCAGAUAAUUCUUCACCUCUAGGUGUGACAGAUAUAAUCUCCCAAGUAAAAAUGAUUCGACUUUAGUUUUAUCUGCCAUUUUAUCUUUUGUUAUAUCUGUUUGUCUUGAAUCAACCUACUUUGGACAUAUUUCCAAAUAUGAAUGCAACCUUCACUAUGCAAGAUGGUCACUUUGCAUAAACCCUGAAAAUGUUUAAAAAUAUUUUGAAUUCUAUAAUUAAACAAGCUGGUAUGGAGGACUAAGAUCUUAAAAUAUCAUCACAUACAUGAUCUACAAGAAUUUAUGAUGCUUCUGUGAGCAUUAAUUUUUUUCCCUUGAUUUUUUUUAGUUUAUAUGUCAUCUAUUUGUUACAUUACCUAUAACUUUGUCAAUGUGACAAAUGUGAAUGUAUGGAUGUUGGUGGACAAAUAGGCAGGGUAUGAGAUACAACAUGGACACAUUACUAGAGAAUAGCAGAUUUCUUCAUUACAUAGUGUAGUUAAUGUGAGCUGCAAAAAGGCGUGAUUUGGCUCAUAUCAGUGAUCUCCCAUUCUGAUCCAGCCUAAAACGAGGGCUCAAAUUAUUGAUUAUGGCAGACAGGGUAAAAGUAAAUUAUAAUAUGUAUUGAGUUAAAACAGCAGUCUAAACAAUUUGUUCAGCUACGAACAAAAUUGGGAUUGAAAUGACUUCUGAAUUAUCAUUCACUUUUCUGUUUCAAAACAGAAAUACUCUGAAUCCAAAACAAGCUUUGUCCUCCUCUACAUUGGAAAGCAGUGCACUUGAUAAUUCUAUCAUCAGUUCAUCCUUCCUCUAUUUUUUUCACAUAUUCACUAGGAAAGACUUCAUCAUAUCAAAUGUGUGCACUCUUGCUGACUCAGAAUCUCACAUUCUGCUAAACUCAGUAUUCUGUUUCUCUCAGGAUGUCAAUUCAUGUUGGCAGUUUUUGAAACUAGGAGAUUGAGCCAGUUAGCAUCGUUGGGCUGAAGUAAAACAUUUUUCACUUUUUAUGCUUUUUAAAGAAAUGCCAAAAGAAUGUAGGGCAAAGUGCACAGUUAGUUGGUAUUUGAGUCAGUGCAAGCACAGGGAUUGAACCCCAGGGACAGUGAAGGGCAAAUCUGUGUCAUGCAUGAUCCGUAACUGCAAUGUGGCCCUUACCUCCUGGUGGCAGAACCAAGCUAAAAAACUGCAAUUAUUAGUUGGGAUGUAAGAGAAAAGAACAGGUUCCUUGGACUGUAGAUCCAUGACACUGACCUUGUGACCUGUCUUCGUUCAAUGUUUCCCCAGUCAGUACUUUGUAGAUACACUAGGCCUUUCUCUGUUUUUGGUGGACAACAAUGGAAGGGAGAAGAAGCUAGGAAAAAAUAUAGGGAAUGCUAUAGCAGGGUUCAAAGUUCAAGGGUAAUUAGAAGUUGUAUUGGUUAAAAUAUACAGAGUUAAACAAAGGCUCAAGAUAGUGUCCAAAAAGUUUAAUUUGUUUCACUGUCUAGCACAAUUGCUUGUUUUAUUGUCAAAAGCAGUUACUCCUGUGAUCCAAUGCACAUGUAGCCUAGGAGUAAGUGACACUGAACACAGGGGGCUUAACUCUGAGUAGUCAUGCUCAGCAUUAUUCUACUUUUACCUCUUUACUGCUAUCUCUGCACUGUUUCUGAAGAAAUGUGCUUAUAGUCAUGUUUGUAAAUGGUUGACCCCAUUCUUAAAGGCUUCUAUCUUAGCAAAGUCUCUGUGACUUUCCCGUUUAAGCUGUUCUUAUAUUAAACUCUGAAAAUCGAGCUAGCCAUAUAAAAAUAUAUUUUCUCUUCCAACAUAAGUGGGCUUCAAAUCUGGCCCAUUAAAAGGACUUUAAUAUUUUUGCCCUUUAUAUACCGAAGUGAUCGUUCGAGUUACAAUUAACCUAGGCUUGGGAAUGCUAAGCUCAUUUUUUGUUCUCAUUAAAAUUAGUGGAAUAGGGAGUAAUAGAAAAUAGAAUGAUACCUGUUUACUUCAGAAGGAUAUGAAUUAGUUCUACAGUCGCAUGGUGAACAAUAGCUCAUUGCCACUUAUUAUCAGAACCCUGAUAUGUAAAUUUCCAUAUUAUUCACAUUUCCUGAGAAACUUGUGGAUAGUUUCACAGAAAGCUCAAUUAAAUAAAUUGAGCUCAAUAAAAACUCAAUUUCUGAUUAUCCAAAAGUUUUGUCCUCUUGGGCGUUCAGACAAAUUCAGUUCAGCCAUACAGUUUGAUAUUAAUUCCACCCCAGUUGGUACAUAUAGUGAGAGUCAGAUAUUAUUUUUAAUUUUUUUUGAAUUGGCUAAGAUGUUUGUGACAAAACCCCUUUUCUUAGUUUGAAUUCAGUCGGGUAUGUCUGAUCAAUAGUUCAAUUUAUUUUUGGAAAACUCUCUCUCUCUCUCUCUCUCUCUCUCUCUCUCUCUCCCUCCGUGAAUCAAUGUGACUGAUUGUGGUUUCACAACCUCUUUGGGAGGAAUUCAAAGAUUUUAUCCUUUUUGGGAUGUGAAAAAUAAACAAACAAAAGAACAUCUCAUAGCUUGCAUGAAAUGAUUUUUUUUUGUAAACAUUCCUUUAAUAUGUCCAAAAUAGGGUCCCAGGAUUCUUGAGCUGUGCCCAGCUGACAAGCUUUUGAAGAUGGCACAAUAACAGUUCAGUGAUGCCUGACCAUGACAGCACAGCCCUCUUAAGCAGGCAGACCAAGAGAAGAAGAGUUGACAUUGGAGUGAAAAGGACAGUAGGGACAGCAUCUGCAUUUUUUGCAAAGACGAGAGCAUCAUUUUUUAGUGCCAUGAAUCCCCAAGGUUCUGAGCAGGAUGUUGAGUAUUCAGUGGUGCAGCAUGCAGAUGGGGAGAAGUCAAAUGUGCUCCGUAAGCUGCUGAAGAGGGCGAACUCAUAUGAAGAUGCCAUGAUGCCUUUUCCAGGAGCAACCAUAAUUUCCCAGCUGUUGAAAAAUAACAUGAACAAAAAUGGUGGCACCGAGCCCAGUUUUCAAGCCAGUGGUCUCUCCAGCGCAGGCUCAGAAGUGCAUCAGGAGGAUGUGUGCAGCAACUCUUCAAGAGACAGCCCCCAAGAGUGUCUUUCCCCUUUUGGCAGGCCUACAAUGAGCCAGUUCGAUAUGGAUCGGUUAUGUGAUGAGCACCUGAGAGCUAAGCGUGCCCGGGUUGAGAAUAUCAUUCGAGGGAUGAGCCAUUCCCCAAGCGUGGCAUUAAGGGGCAAUGAAAAUGAAAGAGAGAUGGCUCCGCAGUCUGUGAGCCCCCGAGAAAGUUAUCGAGAAAAUAAACGCAAGCAAAAGCUGCCUCAACAGCAGCAGCAGAGUUUCCAGCAGCUGGUUUCAGCAAGGAAAGAACAGAAGCGAGAGGAGCGCAGACAGCUGAAACAGCAGCUGGAGGACAUGCAGAAACAGCUGCGCCAGCUGCAGGAAAAGUUCUACCAAAUCUAUGACAGCACAGAUUCUGAAAAUGAUGAAGAUGCUGGUAACCUGUCUGAAGACAGCCUGCGUUCAGAAAUGCUAGAUGCAAGAGCAAGGGAUUCUGUGGGCAGGUCGGAUAACGAAAUGUGCGAGUUGGACCCAGGGCAGUUCAUCGACCGCGCACGUGCCCUGAUCAGGGAACAGGAGAUAGCUGAAAACAAACCCAGGAAGGAACGCCCCAAAGAGAAAGACCAUGGGCCAAACUCUUCCCACCCAGAAGGCAAACACCUAGCUGAGACCUUGAAGCAGGAAUUGAACACUGCCAUGUCUCAGGUUGUGGACACAGUGGUCAAAAUAUUUUCUUCUAAGCCUGCCCGCCAACUUCCUCAGGUCUUCCCACCUCUUCAGAUCCCCCAAGCAAGAUUUGCUGUGAAUGGGGAGAACCACAACUUCCACACGGCUAACCAGCGCCUUCAGUGUUUUGGUGAUGUCAUCAUUCCAAACCCGCUCGACACCUUUGGCAAUAUGCCACUGCCUAAUUCCACAGACCAAACAGAAGCACUGCCCCUAGUUGUCCGCAAAAAUUCAUCCGACCAGUCUGUCUCCGCUCCUCCUCCUGGCAGCCACCACCCUGUGCUCCACCAGUCACCGCUAUCUGCUGCCCCUGGUUUCACCUCCUCUUCUUUCCGCCAUCCCUUUCCACUUCCCCUUAUGGCAUACCCUUUUCAAAACCCACUUGGUGCACCUUCUGCUGCCUUUCCAGGGAAGGACAGAGCUUCCCCAGAAUCCUUAGAUCUAACAAGGGAGACCACAAGUCUGAGGACCAAGAUGUCAUCACAUCACAUGAACCAUCACCCUUGCUCACCAGCACACCCACCCAACACUGCUGAAAGCCUCUCUAUAUCUCUCAUCAAGUCUGAGUGUGGUGAUCUACAAGAUAUUUCUGAAAUCUCACCGUACUCGGGGAGCGCAAUGCAGGAAGGUCUGUCGCCAAACCACUUGAAAAAGGCUAAGCUCAUGUUCUUUUAUACCCGGUACCCAAGUUCCAAUAUGCUGAAAACAUACUUUGCAGAUGUAAAGCAUCAUUCAUCCAGAAGAAGCCCAAAGUGCUUUUCAAACAGCCAAUAUAGGGACCAUUCACCCACCACUGAAAGGCAGCCACUUCCGUGGUGGAAGGCAACAGCCAUUCGGGGUCAGCAACAUCACACACCAGUAGAUUUCAACAGAUGCAUUACCUCUCAGCUCAUCAAGUGGUUUAGCAAUUUCCGUGAGUUCUACUACAUUCAGAUGGAGAAGUAUGCUCGCCAAGCCAUCAACGAUGGUGUAACAAGCACUGAAGAGCUGUCUAUAACCAGAGACUGUGAGCUGUACAGGGCCCUCAACAUGCACUAUAAUAAAGCAAAUGACUUUGAGCAGGUUCCAGAGAGAUUCCUGGAAGUGGCUCAGAUCACAUUACGAGAGUUUUUCAAUGCCAUUAUCGCAGGCAAAGAUGUUGAUCCUUCCUGGAAGAAGGCCAUAUACAAGGUCAUCUGUAAGCUGGACAGUGAAGUUCCUGAGAUUUUCAAAUCCCCAAACUGCCUCCAAGAGCUUCUCCAUGAGUAGAAAUUUUAACCACUAUUUAUGAAUGUAUAAAAAAGUAGCAGAACCCCCUUUUUGAUGCCCAAGUUGUGUGUGCCUGUGUGCGUGUGUGUAUGUCUAUAUUCAUUUCAUAUACAUAUAAUAUAUGUAUAUGGAAUCAGAUCAUAAUCCCUCAUGGUUUUUUCUUACUUAGAGCAGUAAAAAGUGGAUAAUUAUUUUAACUCCAGCCUUUGUUUUACUUUUAUCCAUGACUUAACAUUUCACAGGGGGAGGAAUAUUUUACUUCGCCCCAUCCCAUUACCCCUGCAUCCCUGGGAGAAGAAUUUUUUUCAGUGUGCACAAGUCUGUUUUAGCAAGCUUAGGACCAUUUUACUCUAACAUUGCAGUGCAGUUCUACAGACCACAGUUUCCAAAGUCUUCUUUCAAGCAUAUGUGAUCAUUCUAGUUAUUCAAACAAAAUUAAAAUCCACAUUAGUCUUUAACCUUUUAAUUUUCAAGGACACAUGUAUAACCUGAAUUCCCCCCCCCCCCUCCUUUUCAGUGUCUUGUAUGCUGCUGCAAACAUACUGGUAUUUAACAAUGCCAUGAGCCAUGUCUCUACCUUAAUCCUGGGAACCACUAUCUCCACAUUUUGGAAAGGCUGGGAAGGAAGGAGGCGAUGUAUGUGUGUGUUAGGAACCAUUACAAGCUAGAAAUUUAUUUAUUCUGGAUUUGGCCCAGACUCUAACGAAGUCUUGAUCCAAAUUAGAUCAAGGCAGUAAGAUUGGAAACCCAAAAUCUAGAAAUUGGGAUGCCCUUUAGAAGUUCACCACAUCACUGCUUACCUUCCUUCUGCCCUUUCAAGAAAAGUAUACUGCAAGUCCAGUCCUUUUGCUACAUAUUCCCCCUAUGGCCGUUUUUCUGUCAACCAACUUGUUCAACUUAGAAAAAAGAAGGAAAAAGAAAAAGCGAAUUGCUUCUCUUGAAGACCUCUGGGGUAGCACUCAUUUUAAAUUGGUUAUAGGGCCUCCAUUGAGUGCUUAACAUCAAAAUUACACUUUCCCCCCAAAAACAUAGUACUGGACUUCCAGUUACUUCCAAUUUUCUUUCCGGGAGGGAUAUUUGGGCAGCCUAUUUCCAGCCCAGGUGCAGCCCUCAAUGAUCUAGUUUAAAGAUCCAUUUUAAAUCUCAUUAAUUUACUGGUAGAUUAUGUGGUAAAUCUCUCCUAUUGAAAUCAAUGGGACUUUAAGGUUGUAUCCUAUGUACACAUUCAUGGAAUUUAGUCAUAUUGAAUGUAGUACUAGCGGACACCAUUUAUAGAACUCAUCUACUUAGUGUUGAAAUUUGGCUGGAGUGUGUUGUUACAAACUAUUACACUAAAUAGUCAGGUCUGGAGCCAUGUUCUAAAUGAAAUUUGUAUUAAACUAUAUUCUUCUCCCUUUACCCACAAGCCCUUAGGUGGUGUAUAUAUUUGAUAUUUCAUAUUUUUACCUGGAAAACAAGUGUUUUGAAUUUACCUAUACUUCUGGGCAACAUUGUAAGAUAUCUAUGCUUUAUUUUUAAAUUACUGAGGCAAAAAAUAAAAAAAAACAUAAAAAUGACAUCAUCUCAAUGUACAAGAAAAUUUUCUGGAUAAUAGAAAUUGAAUAGACAUUUUAUAAAAAUAUUGUUUCACGAUAAAAACUAGGCACAAUAUAGAAAGAGAGCACAACUGUGGAGAAAAUUUGGCAUACUGUGUUUCAUUGACGCGAAUGGAACAUAAGUGGUUAACCAUGCUUGCUAUCUUACUGGGACUUAAGCAUGCUUAACUAGCUCUGAAUUAUGCCUAUAAAUCAUGCAGAAACUUCAUCCCUAUCCCACUGGCUAGGAAAGCAGAAGCUAGCCACUUUUAUUAUUUCCUCAAAUAUAAGUGAUUCAUUAACAAUGAAUGAAACAGAUUAAACAACUUCUCUUCUACAACAAAAGUUAGCAGAAAACAAAACAUGAAAAUAAUACAUUAUAAAGGAAGAAUGGGAUUCAUCCAUUAUUUUUUAAAAUCAUCUCAAAACAGCUUUUUGCAAUUAUCUUAUGAAUAACAGCCACCUAAAUUAAUUGAGUCCUGAUCAAAAUAUGAUUUAUAAAGGUAUCUGGAUUAACAUCAGUGUGAUGCUGUGCAUUUAGCUGUCCCUGAAAAUGGCAGCCACGCAAAUAGUUCUGUAUCCCUCCAUAAAAUCUACUAGAAUUUAGUAUUGAGUGCACUUGUUGGGCAGUGUUUCCUUACCCGUGGUCAAUGACAUGGGUUCAGGAUGUGCAAAACUAAAAUAUGGUAAAUUCUUCUUGGUGUUGGUUACAUGACUAAUACACAAGGCUGCCAUUUUCAGCAAUGAGUGGGUAUUUAGCACAUAGAGGCAGCUUUAAUUUUUGACAUUUACAGAAACAGAAUGCAUGUGAAUGCAGUCCAAGAUGAAAUUUCUCUUCAAGGUGACCAAAACCAAGUUUACUUUACAGUGCAAAAUAGUAAUAUGACUUGUAUGAGUCCAUCUGAAGUGAGUUGACUCGAUAUUCUGCCAGAAUGGGUGCCUGUUGCUAGUUUUUAUGCUUUCCCCCCAGUGGUUUCCUUUUUCUUUUGGUUUUUUUUUUAAAAUUGUGAUGGUGUAGUGUCUAGUAGUGUUUUCUGAUAUGCUAUGGCACUAUGUAUUUGUUUUCUCUGUUGUUUUUUGUACAGAUGCAGUAAGAAUUUAUUGUUAACUGGACUAGCAUUUUACAUUACUGACCUUUUCCCUUUGCAAUUUGAUACAGACUUGAUAGGCAAUGCAUUUGCUUUACAGUUUAGCAGGUUAUUUUUUAAACAAUACCCCUCCCCUUUUUUUCUUUUCCCUGGAUCUUGAUUUUUUAAAAAUACAAAAUGUAUUUUGACUUUAGAGAGUGAAAGUUUACCCCAGGUGGCAUUAUUAUAAAACAAAAAGCUGACCUAGUAAUUGCAGUGAUGUACAAAUAUUGCAGGAGAGAUGGUUGAAGGUAGUUACAGUCAAUAAAAGCCUUAAAACCUGAUAAUUAAAAAAAACCACUAAAGCAGCCAAGAAUGAAAUCCAGUGACCCCUUUCUGCAUGCAUAAACAGGUUUUCUAUAUGCCUGGUAGGGAUUUUCUUGUUGCAAGAUAUUUGCUGAAGAAAGUAAGCAAGACACAUCCAGAAGAUAUAUACUAUAUCCAAGACCCAUUUUUUUGGGGGGGGGGGGAGGUUCAUGCUAUAGCCUAAUAUACCAUUGUUGAUCAAGCACAGCUUAUUAUCCCAGGAACUAAUAAAAGACCUACAUUCUUACACUUCCCAUUCUCAAUUUUCAUAUUUCAGUUUGGAGCUAUUCAAACUACAACUUCUUGUUAUAUCUGAAAUGGAGAGCUGUAGUUUAAUGUUUGUUUUCUACCUGAAAUAAUAGUUCUUGUUAAGUAAGUCACUAUUAAAUCAAGGUUCUGUCUUUCAGAGGUAAACUGUAGUUUAAAUAGACCAUGAUCAAAGCACCAAAGCUGGUGCACACACAGACACACAUACAAAGAGAUAUCUGGAGAAUAUUCAGUUCCAAAGCUCAUUCCCAAAUUAAUAAAAUUUGAUGUAUCAAAUACCUAAACCAGAUCUAAUUGUGCAUAAGCCUUUAAAAAGUAUCUUGCCUGUAGCUUUUUGGGUUGCAGUUCCAUCAUUUUUAUAAGGGUUUUUUUUUUACAUAGACUGUGUCUGUGCUGUGUAGACAGUGCAGCUUACCAGCAUGGGAUAAAAGGCCACCAUUUUCUGCAGCAACAGGCAUUGCAUUCAAAGCAAGCCAGGCUACUAAAGAACAUAAGUUUGUAUCCAUCCAAUUGCCAAUAUUAAUGCCAGACAUUCAUUUAGUUUAUGAUGACCAUAACAUCUCCCAACGUAGGGUUUUGCUGAGAAUCCAUGCUCCUGAAUCACUCACAAUACCUUGCAUGGGUUACUUUUGCCUAUUUGUAUCACUGCUAGUCUAGAUCCAUGACUAGCAUAGAAAGCAGAAAUAUAGUUCUGCCAAAAUAAUGAUAGCACAGUGAAACCCCAUGUCCAUUGGGGAUACAUUCUCAACCGGAACUAUAAUGACAGAUACAACCGAAUGUCAUUAAAUUACCCGACUACUGGCCCAAACAGUAGAGUUGCAAUGAAAGACUGAGAAAUUCCUAGAGAAAUAUUCUCUCUAAGAAUAUACUACCACAAUGGCUUGGAAAUUCACAAAAUGAUCUGAAGGAGUUGAAAACAAAAAAUAAAUUUUGGUUUGGACUUUCUUUCCUUCUUAAUUUAGAACAUUCCAGGUUUCACUUAAACUGAAUGAAGCCUGUUUUCCAAAUGUAUAAGGGCUUUUGACUGAAUUAUGCCAGAUAAUUAACAAUAUUCAAAUUAAGAUACCUUUAUGACCGACCAUCACUUCUAUGCAGAGGCUACUAUUUCAUUUUUUGUCACCUUGGACAUUGAAAAACAAGCAAACAUAACAAAAGUGGUGGCUAUAGUGAAAGUGAUCCACACCAAUGAGCAGACCCAGCAAUAAGGAUGCCCACCCAUCUUCCAAGCAUUUCUUUUCUCAGCAAAACUAUACAUAGGAUUGGGUCAUCAAAAGCGCAUGGCUGCUCUUAUUGUACCAAGGCAAGUAGAUAUAAGGAAGUAGGUAUGCAAAAGGAGCUUGUAUCAUGUCAGAUACAGAGAAAGAAGUUGGGUAGUAUAUGCUUUCAUGGACUAAGGCCUCAUCUAUAUGGGCAUCCAAAUAUGAGACAUAGCCAGAUAAUUUCUGCUUUGGACAGGCACUGGAUUCUGUGGAGGUGUUUACACACUCUACUUCCAAACAGUUGCAGAAUUGAUAAAGGAUUAUUGGCCAUCCAAUCAACUGAAUCUACUGGACAGUCACUCUUUCCUUUGCUGUUGUUUGUCACCAUGGUGACAACCAUGGAGCUCCAGGGAGGUCCUAGCUGUCACCUUUGGUGAUGUUAGGCAGGCAGGAGUUUUCUGGAGCUCCCUGGUCACUGCUGCAGUUGCAAAUACCAUCUGAGGUAGAUGCCAUCUUCUUUGUCCUAUACCACAGGCAUUGGCCUGUGUGGACAGCUAGACUGGUUUGAAUUAGAACUGCUCCAGCUGUUCAUACCAACCCCAGAGUGUGGGGCUCAUCCUUCAUUUUGAGGAAAUUCUAAAACAUUCCCUGACUUCUGCGAACCAGGGUAAAAUCAGGUUAACUGAUCACCUCAAAAUAGUGGCUGGAAGUACCUGAACUUCAUGUGGACAUCCAGGAGUAACCUUUGCUCCAAUUCAGAGUUUGUGGCCCAUGCCUUAAGUCUGCUUCUUUAGAUAUUUAAACUUAGAAAUUUUAUGGUAUCCUCUUAUUUCUCUCAGUCUCUAAGAGGUUAUAAGAUCCCUUUGCAUGUUUAUAUUCCAAAAUAACACAUCUAGGUCUUUGAAUAAGAAAGGAGGGUUGUUUUUUUUUGUUUAAAGUUAGAGCCCCAUGUUGCCAUUCAUCUAAUCCCUAAUUCAUAUAGUCUGCAUAGAAACUGAAGGUUAGAGUGUGUGCCUAGCCUAGACUUCAAAUGCACCAGCGAAAGGAUGAAGUCAGUUGAAUCCUUAAAACUACCAGUUUUUCUCCCUUUUACAAGUAUAAUUGUUCUUGUGCCUUCUGUGGCUUACAAUUUUUGUCUUUUUGGACCUUUCUCUCCCACCCACUCAAUUCCCGGUUAUUACAGCUGCAAUAAACACUAAAUUCUUUUUUUUUCUCCCCUGCCCCCUUUUUCCUCAGCUGUUUGACAUAAUGUUAAUAGCUAUGCAUAUUUUGUGUCUUUUUUAAAGAAAAAAUUGAAAAACAAACAAACAAAAAGCAGGAGAAUAAGUUUUUGAAGAAGAGAAUUUUUAGAACAGUUUGAUAAUGCAAAUUAUUUUUUCUGAGUCGUUUGAGCAGCAUUCAAUUUUGAAAAAAAUUCUUGUAGAAGCCAAUUUUUUGUAACAGUGGUGCAGAUCUUGUGUUUUCUUAGCCUAAUGAAAAGUAGUAUAGAAGCAAUAUUUCAUACGUAUUAUAUAUGUGUGUAUACAUAUACAUACAUAUAUAACCCAUAUACACACAAUAAUAUAUAGAUAUAUAUAUGUAUAUAUACUGAUAUACACACACAAUAUGCGUGUGAAGUUAAAAGCUUACAUUUUCCCCCAAUGUAGAUUAAGAACCUAUUUUAAACAUUUAUGUUUUGUGAGAUGAAUGCUCUAUUUGAAACUAUGAAACAUUUAAUUCUUACUGUAUCUCUGGUUGUGUAAUGGGAACACUUCACAUUUAAUGGUUUUUAAAAGGUGAAAGAUAUUAGAAUGUAGUAAUUAUUUAAGGAAGUGUUUGCCCAUAUAUUCUUGAGGUUUGCUUUGUGCCUCUGAGUAUUAUUUAAUUUAAAGUGUUUUAAGUUUGCAGAAUCAUUGUUACUGUACCAGGUAUGUGGGUGAACAUCUAUAGUGAGGGGAACUUUUAUAAAGCAAUGUAUGUAUUCAGCUUGAUGGCUUUUCUUGAAUAAAAGGCAUACGAUUUUAAUAAAUACAUUCUGAGAACAUCUGUUAAAUUUGUAAGAAACACUGCAGUUAGUUGUAUAGAUAGUUGAAAGCAUUCAUUAAAACCCAGCUCAGUACUUUUAAAAGAGAGGUCUCAUCAUUUGUCCAGGACUUGAGCAAUCUAGUUUCUGUAAAGUUAUAGGAUUUUUUUUCCUGUAUGCACAAAUUAAUUUAUUGGCAAAGGGUUUUUUUUCUAUCCACAGGUUGAUAUUAAUUAAGAAGUAAAAGUGAAGAUGUUGUGGCUUUAAAUAUAGGACUUUCACCAGCAGAACUGAAAGAUAUACAUAGAUAUAAAUAUAUAUCUAUAAAUAAAUAUAUAAAUAAAUAUAAAUAUAUAUAAGAAGUGGUUUGCAAACCCCCUCAAAUGAGCAUUGUACAUGAGAAGUAAUAAAAAUGGGAAAAAUCCUCUUCUAUUUGUCAUGUGUAUUAUAUAGUAAUUAUUGGUGUUUUAGUGCAAAGAUUUCUUUUUGGGUAUCUAUUCUGUGUUUUGGAAGUUUUAAAUAAGCAUUGUUUUCAAAAAGCUCCCCUUCAAGAAUGUAACUGGUUUAUAUGAGUAAGCAGUUACUGUAUUGCACUUAAAUGUUUGGUUGA